GCAUCUCCAUAGUACAACACUUGCAAACUGAAUUUCACCAUUUAAGACAACAACAGUCCACACAGAAAUCCACUACCUAAUUCCACAGCAGCAGCAUUUUACAGCAACAGCAGCGACAUUUUUACAGCAACAGCAGCCUCAUUUUUACAGCAGCAACUAGCAGGAUUUUUACAGUAGCAACAGCGACAAAUUCAGUUAUCAUCAAUCUUCCUCCUGGGCACACACCCAUUUGUCUAUGACUCCCAUCAAACUCCCAUAAAAAGAUUUCAUAUGGUCUCCAAUGCGAACUAGCCUUCUUCACUGCCUCCCUUUUCGUUGAACCUCCGAAGCCAAGGACCGGGCAAAUCAAUUGAGAUGAAUAGAGAUAUAAUCCUAAGAACUGAAUGGUAGUCAGCUUUAGAUGAUGAUUAUUUAAUGAAUUAAUGAAGGAAUGUUCUAGAGACAAUUUGUUUAGUUUUAUCUAAUAGAUUCAAAAAGAAAAGGUUAGUAAAUGAACCUAGACCUAAGGUGGGGAAAGAGGGGAUGGAAAACAGAAAGAAGAAAAAACCCACCCUCUUUAGGUGGGUUGGUCGAAUUUUUCAAGGGGCAAGGUGAUUGUGAGCCUCAACUAUAAAUAGGACCUCAGAGUGAAUGCAAAAAACACACACCUCAGUAGCUACUUCCUCUAGACACUUGAGACUUCUAAAUCCUAGAGCUCCUUCUCCCUAUUGUGGCUGAAACUUUCUUCUUCCCUUGGUAGUUGAUAGCACUUUUCCAUCCUCCAAUUCUUCAAGGUCAUUCAUCUUAUGCGCUAGAAUCUGAGGAGUAUCAAGGUUGCAAUGGGAAAGAAGAGAAAAUUAAAUAUUGGACAUCGUAGACCGGAAAACUCAAAUCAACAUGGUCAACCAAAUGAAAAUGAUGGGAUAGAAUCUUCCACAAGAAAUGCUGAAGAAACCCAAUCUAACCCAGGACAUGGAGAAGAGGUCAUGCAUGGAUCUUUGGAGUCUAACUCCAUUCCUUCUGAUAUUGAAACUGAGGAAAUACAAGCUGAGAAAGAGUCGAAACGAGUAAGAGGCCCAACAAGAAUGUUAGAUGUUUGGGAUAUGCAAGUUGGUGAUUUUAUAAUAGUUAAUUUAGACAAAUAUGGUCGAACCGUUGGUGAAGAAGCAACAACUCUUACUCGUUUCAUAGGUAGUGUGGUUAGAAGACCUCAUUUUGCUCCCAUCAACUACAUUUCUUGGAAAAAGAUGCCAAAGGAGAACAUAGAUGACAUGUUGGAAGCAAUAGAGAGUAAAUUUGAGUUUGUUCCUCCAAUAAAUGACACAAUAAGAGAAAUGUUGAAAGCGGAGUUGAAUGAAAAGUGGAGGCAAUGGAAGAGUGAUAUAAAGUCACUAGCAUAUAAUCCUUCUAAAACAGAAGAAGAAAUUGCAUCCAAAUUGCCUGAUGAUAGAGUUGAACCAAGUCAAUAUCGUGAUUUAGUUCAUCAUUGGUUUUCAGAAUCAGGACAAAAAACAAGUGAGAUUAACCGAAGAAAUCGUGCCAAGUUUGAAGAUGUUCAUUGUAUGGGAACAAAAAGUCUUCCAAGAUUGAUUGACGAAAAGAAAAAAUUGGGCAAAGGAGUGUCGCCUAAACGUAAAGAGAUAUACAUUCAGACUCGAACUCGUAAAGAUGGGACAAUUGUCAAUGAAAAAGCUGCAAGAGUAAUUGAAGAACUAAGAAACAUGAUGAGGCUGAAACAUCUCAAUCAACUCAAAACACACAAAGGCAUACAUCUUGGAAUGAAGACAUAUUCUCUAAAGUGCAAGGACUUGAUAAAAGGGGGCGUAUCCGCUGCAUGGGCAAGAUUCCAAAAUGUAAAAAAACAAAGGCAUCCUCAUCUGAAAAUGAAGAGCUACGUGAUCGAAUGAAGCAUAUGGAAAACUUGUUGACAAAUGUGUUGACACUAAUUCAAAAUCGACUUCCUGGAGAAGAUCUUAAUGAGCUUGUGGAUGCUGCAAGACGGGUUUCAAAUGCUUCGAGUGCCCCGAACCAUUUGAAUUCUCCAAGUUCAAACGCUAAUGAAGAUGAUGAAUAUGAUGAAGACGGUGAAGAUUAAGAGGCUACUUUGUUAUUGGAGAUUGAAUAUGCAUGAGUUUGCAACAUUUUUAUAUACAUUGUUUUGAUUUUAUGUUGUUUUUGUGAAUCAUGGUUAAAUUAGGAUUAUAUGCUAUGAAUUGUUUGAAUUGGGAAGCUACUUCAUAUGCAUACUUUAUGCUAGCUAGUAUGGUACUUUCUGGUGGUCAUGUUCCACUUUUGAUUAUUGUAAUGUUUUCAAGAUAUGAAGGGAUCUAGUUGAAAUUCGUCAGUUGUAGUAGAAAAUGUCUUGUGAGAAUUAGGACAACCAUUUUAAUGUCACUUCACUUUUUUAUGUGAGCUGAAUGUGUA